GUUGGAGUGAGAAUGGUGCUUGUAUCUCUGUGAAUUUGUACUAAUUCAUGUAGCCAGCCUGGAUGAUGGAGAUUCUGGUCACACUGUUACUAUCACUCUGCUUGUUGAGUCUACGCGGGUCAGCCAUCGACACAGUGAAUGUGGUGGACUUCUGCGGUCAGACUGUUCGAGGUGAUGGCAUGAUCAUUAACUCCCACCAGGAAUCUAAAAAAUACUACUUUGUAACAAUGGGAACCGAUUGCCACAUCACGAUGCAGGCCAGCUCACCAAAGGAUAAGGUCCAGUUCCACUUUCGCUUUUUUCUUGUUUACAGUUUGUUGCGAGUAGUCCCUCUGAGCCCAGCCCCUCUGUUACCCAAGUCACCACAUGGCUCUGCUCCUCUAAAGUCCAAACUAGAGCCAACCUCUGGGAAAAACCCAGGGGAUCCCUGCCAUGCAGGCUCUUUUGUUCAGUUUUAUGAUGGAUGGGACAGAAACGCUCCAACUCUUGGGCCUCCACUUUGUGGGAAGAGUCCACCUCGGCCAGUGCUUUCGACAGGAAACUACCUAACCCUACGACUUGUCACCCGGGGAACUCAGCCCAGAGUGGACUUUGUGGGGGACUUCACAUCAUUCAGACUUGGAUUCAACCAAUCAAUGUGCAGCAGUGAGCCUUACUUCACAUGCAGAAAUGGGAAGUGUAUCCCACUCAGUCUGGUGUGUGAUGAUAAGGGCAUUGACAAUUGCGGGGAUGGAAGUGACCUGGAAGAAAAUCUACCAACAAGGUGCAAAGGUCAGCUUCUACCUCCUGAGCCACCAACGCCAAUAGCAAGUGCACCUCCAUCUUUUUUAAAUCCGACAGUGUCAAAUCCCAAACACUUCAACUGUGGCAUUGCAGACAGCACUCCUAGUUAUGAGUUGGUGGCAGACUCUCCAGGCUCUCUGCCCCUGUUUGUUCUCUUCAUCAUCCUGGGGUUGAUGGCAGGAUGUGCAGCGCUCUGCUGGUGCUGCUGGUCCCCAGGCUGGUUCAUAUGGCGCAUGAGCAUUUUCCGUUUUUUGCCGUGCUGCAACUCAUCGUGCGCCACGUGCCAACUUUGUGCUCAGAGUUGCACUCAAAGCAAGGAGCACCGCCUGGCAAAGGUCAGCCCACAGUCGCAGGCGAAUGGGACACCAACAGGUGUGGGAGUCACAAAUGCAGAUGAAACUCUAUCCACUGCUGCACUUUAGACAAAAGGACUGUAUGCUUGAUCCCAUUUGGCAAACCUAAAAAUGGGUCUUGAUCAGUCAUCAGAGAUUACUGAACAUGGACACUGACUGUAUUGCGCACAGCUACCCUUUUGGGAAAUGUGUCUAUAAAAUGUCUGAAAGCAUUUGAAUACUGGAAUAUUUGUGUUUGUGCUUUACAUUGAUGUGUUUAUGAGAAGCAGGGUGUAGAAUUGUGUUUGAUUGUAUUAAACAUCUGAGUCUUCAUAGCGUAUUUCACUUCUAGGGCUUCUCAUAAUAUAUGAUUGCAGUUUGGAAACCCCUAUGCCCCUUUUUUUUCCCUUCGAGAAUAGUUUGUAGGUUCCAGCACUAGUCAAAACGCAGUACUCUGAUUAAUACUUUGUUGACUGAAUAAGAAAUAAACCAAAUAUUAGUC